GAGGGCAGCGAGGUGGCAGUGUCCAAGCCGUUGCGGGAGGGCAGCGAGGUGGCAGUGGACAUCCCAAGGACCGGCGCGGAUCCGUGUGAAGUAUGGCGUACGUUGCCCUCAACCGCCGUGUUUCCUCCUCGCCGUGCGUCGCUGACGUGAACCUCGAGUUUCCGAGUCCUGACGAACGUGGGAUCGGUCACGUUCAAAUCCCACCGCAUCUCACGCGGGAUGUGUUUCCCCGAGGCGCGUACAAUGCCUUGGCCACGGUGCUCGAUCCAUGGCUCAACGAGCACGGACUGUCACGGCUGCCUCGGUUGUUUGAUCUCGUCGAUGACAUGCACGCGAACAUGCUCGUUCAUGCUGCGUACUCUGGCCGUGUGGACGUCGUGGAGGUUGCACUGAGCUAUGCACCAGUGACUCCGGCAUCGAUGCUCCAGUUGAUUGACGUCGCGGCCUGGAACAACCAGCGAUUGGUACUUGACUAUUUUGUGCAGCAUCCACAUUGUGAAGGAUGGACAUGCUCGGCGUUUGCAUUGGUUGCUGCUGCGAGGGAGGGCCACCUUGGCAUCGUUCGCUUCCUCAACGAGCAGUUUCCAGCCGUCCCUUCCUCCGAAGAUGCCAUGGACAUGGCGGCCGAGUUCGGGCACUUGGACGUUGUCAAGUAUCUCCAUGACCAUCGAUCCGAAGGCUGCACCACGCGGGCCAUGGACAAUGCGGCCAAGAAUGGCCAUAUUGACGUUCUGGAGUUUCUUCAUGCCCACCGCAACGAAGGCUGCACGGAGCAAGCGAUGGACUGGGCAUGCGAGCACGGUCAUUUAAGCGUUGCCGAAUGGCUGCAUGCGCACCGACGUGACGAAGGGUUCACCGAGAACGCAUUCGACAAGGCGGCGGGAAACAAUCAUAUCACCGUCGUGGAGUACCUGCAUCACAAACUUGACGCGCCAAGCACGGAGAAAGCGAUGGAUUUGGCUGCGAAGAAUGGCCACUUGUCGAUGGUUCAGUGGUUGCAUGAGCAUCGUGGAUUCGUCGGGUGCUCGGAAAACGCUCUCGGGAUGGCUGCACAGAACGGGCACCUCGACAUUGUCAAGUGGGUGCAUGCGAAUCGAAGCGAGGGAGGGUCGCGGUUCAUGUUCAGUGAUGCCGCGGAAGGUGGCCACUUGGACGUGAUGGAGUGGCUCGUUGAACACCGUCCAGACGAUGUGCAUUGGGCUGAAGCCAUGGUAUGGGCGUCGCGAUACUGUCGGCUAGACAUCAUCCGAUGGCUGGUGAAUCAAGGUCAAAAGGUGUCGUCCGACGCAUUUGUCAAAGCUUGCGUGGGCGGCCACCUGGCUGCCGCUAAACUACUGCAUGAGCAGGAGCAAACCAUUUGCACUUCGAACGCUCUGUGGAUGGCGGUCAGGAGCGGCAACUUGGACUUGGUCAAGUGGCUCACAGAAAUUGGUGUGACGCACGUCGAUCUUCUAGAUGCUGCCGCAGGCUGCGGCUACCUAAACAUUGUCCAGUGGCUAGACAGUCAAGGACAAUGUCUCGCAUCCACUGAAGCGAUGGACAAAGCCGCUAUGAAUGGCCAUCUCGACGUUGUCCGAUGGCUUCACGAGCAUCGCACGGAAGGGUGCACUGUUGCGGCGAUGGACGGAGCGGCGGCCAAAGGCCAUCUCAGCAUCGUCAAGUGGCUCCAUUACAACCGCACAGAAGGGUGUACGCAAUGCGCCAUGGAAAACGCAGCGGCUAUCGGAAACUUCGUCAUGGUCGAAUUCCUCCACCUCCAUCGUACAGACGCCACUGCGCCACGCGCAAUGGAGUUUGCUGCCAAGCAUGGGCACCUUCAAGUGCUCUUGUACCUCAAUGCGAAUCGGACGGACGGGUGCCCCACCGUCGCCAUCGAUGCCGCCGUCAGAUUUGGCCAUCUCGGCGUCGCCAAGUGGCUCCAUGCAACGCUUGGGCUGCCCAUGUCGCCCGUGACCCUCAUGUGUGCGACGGAAAAUGGAGAGUUGUCGUGCUUGCAAUGGAUCAAGCACCAGUUGGACCAAGAUUUUGCCACGUCCGUGCCGCUGUUCGUAGGAACAAGAAUCGGUCGGCUGGCGACGGUGCAAUACUUGCUCGACGCGGGGUGUGUGUCGACGGAAAGAGCCAUGGACGUAGCCGCACAAGGCGGCCAUCUGGCUCUUGUGAUCAAACUCCACGAUCAUGGACUUCGGUGCUCACCGUCAGGAUUCAGUCAUGCGGCAUAUUUUGGCCACUUGCACGUCGUGCGGUGGCUGCACACGCACCAAACGGUCGAGUGCACGUCGAAGACCCUCGAAGGACCUGCAAAAAUGGGUCACAUAUCCGUCGUGACAUACUUGCACAAACAUGUGUGUGCGGCCGACACGUCGGUGGUGAUUCAAGCGGCGAGUUUUGGCCAGCUGCAUGUGGUCAAGUGGCUAUUUUCCCAUGCAAGCAUCCGCAUUGGAUCGCCAGACGUGAUAGCCUGGGCUCAACAGCACGCCGAACAGGCCACGGGGCAAUGGAUCCUUGCGACAACUCCUCCAUCUGUCCUAGCGUCGACCCCACAGUUCCAGGCCGAAGAAGCGCCGCGUUCGUCGCAGUUCUUGUAGCACCCUUUGAUGUCACAUCAAACAAUGCACUGCAAACUGUGCUUUGGGGCGACGAGGAAUUACUGUAUUACCCAUGUGGGCCACAUAAGAACCGUGUUCAAGGUCUCGGAGUCGACAUCAAGCAUUGCGCACAUGGCGCUUGCAUCAUUUUUGCAAAUGAC